UGGUGAAGUGGGUCAAGGCCGCGUGACGUCGAUAACGGCCGUUGCUGACAAAGCUGGCGCACGGCGAACGAUCAGUUCCCGAGAAAUGCCGCCUGCGUUGAGUUUCUGAGAAACUGGCCUAAAGUUUAUUGUGAACGGAGGGCUGGCACGCGGUCACAUGCAUACACGGGUUUGUUGUGGUCAGUGUGAGGGUGUGCAUCGCGAGUGUCGUUAGUCGUCUGCAUCGAAGCUCGAUGAAAGGACGAUAGUCGCAAAGUGAGUUCUGCCGCUUUCCGCUCGUCCUCAAAGUUCGUCUGCUCGCUCAACAGAUUGGAGGAGGUUUUUUAUUUUUCGAGUACAGGCGUUUGCUGAUCGAGUAGGCUGCACCAGUAGGUCAGCAAUUGGAUUUCUGGAAAAUCAACAGCAUUUGGUGAUGGACACAUUUUAGUAGGUAACUGGUCAUUAAUGAAGAUCAGAUGUGUACUCUGGCCACCCCCAGCUCAUAUCGUGGAGUUCAGGGAUUCCAGGUGCGCCGCGUUCUGCAGGCAAAGGUCUCAGACAACCUGGCCUCGCGGGGUAUCAGCACGAAAGGCCUAUGGGAUACCAGACCCUCACACAAGCUGUCUCCAGAGGAGCAGCGACGCCUGGAGAGGCAGCGAGAGAACAAGAGGAACUGGGCUCGCAAGGAGCGCGAGAAGAGCAAGAAACGUCUGGAGGAGCUGAAGAUGACCAACUGUCAGCUGGAGUACCAUAACAAGAAGCUAAAAAGCGAAAUCGAUAAGCUUCGUCGUGGGCACUUCGAACUCAAGACACUUCUCAAAGACCACGACUGCCGCAGACUGAACCACGUGGCCAGUCAGUUUGUUCCAACGCGAGGCGUGCUGCUGUCCAGCUCUCAUCCCUCGUCAGAGCUCGGCCUUGGUCAGAAGGUCAUCGAGACUGGAGGUCAGCAAGUAGUCAUUGUGUGCUCGGCGACGAGCAAUGAAAAGGACAACGACCAGGGCAUCGCUUCAAGUGCUGGUCGGCGACGAGCCAAAAGCGAAUCUGCGGUCUUCAUGGUCAAUGAGGGAUCGGCGCAGAAGCACUACCAGAAGCGUGUCUCCUGGCCUGCGGAGUCUGUCACAUACUUUGUCGUGGAAGACGACUCUUACUUCGAAGAGGUCGCCUUAGAGACCAGCGUCCAGCUGACUGGUGACGAGGACAUCGCUGAUGACGAAAGUGUGGAUUCGGGGGGCUUCGCUACUGUAGUGGGUAAUGGCGAGGUUGGGGAAUCGGUCGAGGUCAGCGGAGGUGGCUUUCUGCAUAUGCUUAACGAGGAUGGGAUCAUGGAAUCAGGCGAGGUUUCGGCGAACGAGACCAUCGAAGCAGACUUGAGUGACCCGAGUCACACGGUGUUCAUACAGGAACUUAAUCCGUUUGUACCGAAGAUCCCCGUUAUAGAUACAAUCGUUAAAAAUGGUCUCAACGGUUUCGAUACACUUGUUGUCAAAGGGGCAGGCAAUUCGGGAAGCGGAGUCGAAAUUGAUGAUAAUUCCACGUCUCAACAGGUGUCCUCGAACAGCAGACAAGUGGCGAGAGCCCUUUCUUAUCCGUUGACGGACACAGAGGGUUUCGAGAAUAGAAGCAACUGUCAGAACAUGCUCAGUCGAAGACUGGCCAUGGCCCCUUGGUGCGUUUCAGAGGAUCUCAACGGUUUCCGGCGAGUACAGAAGCAGCUCAGUGAGGGUUCAGAAUCCGGGACCUGCCACUCCUCGGUUAGCUUGGGAAUUAAAGUCGUCCCCCCUAGCUCCCAUUGUCCGAAGGAAGCAGAAAAACAGUUGCCGAAGACGGUUUCGUGGAGACACGAUGCCUCGGAAGCGAGCGCCGCCAAACGGCCACGUUUCUCUUCGCUCCCGAAAGAUUCUACUUUGCCCGAACUCAUCCCAAGGCAAGAAGGCGUGGCAGAAGAAUCGGACAGGGGUGUCCAGACCAUCGUCAUCGGAGACCACGUGUACCACGUCAACGACAAGGAUGGGAGUCGAUCAGCUGCAAAUGAAACGCUCGAUAGCGACGACGAGAUAGACACCAACUUCCGGCCCGUCGGGAGACUGAUUCCAGCUCGAACCACGCCAUCCACCCCGUCUACCCCAUCCAGCACAGAUUCCACUGUUCCCACCUUCUCCAGCAGCGCCUCGCCCACUCUUGCUAGAAGUUUCUCCGAGGACUCCAUAGAUUCUAACGGAUAAGCCUUGCUAAGCCAAUGCGCAGUUGUACCACGUGAUCAAUAGACAGACUGACUACAGACUUGCAGACUUUCUAAGUCUGUACAGAGACACGUGACAGAACAAAUGCUGAGCACAAACGUGCUAAAACCUGAUGUGAACAAACUGUGUGUGUGGAGGGCGGUGAGGGUUGUGUGCAUAUGUAUGACCGUACGUAUGUUUGCGUAUUUUUAAACUCUUCUUUAAAUUGUAUAUUCCAGUAGGAAAAGCCAGGAACAUCUCGGAUGAGGUUUCAUCUAAAGACAAAGUUAUCGGGAAGUAAAAGCAGGUCAUUAUUUUGUCCUCAGUAUUCGCUCUUGUCAUACGCUCGGUUUAGAGUAGAAUCAGACAUCACGUGUAACGUCUGCUUCAGCUCACAGGUAACUCUUAUCAACUGUUUCAACCACUACUUGUUCCUAUAUCCGUGCGUGUGUGUGCUUUGGUGUGGAACUGGGGUGCAAUAAGACCCGGCAAAAGAAAACUUGAGAAGUUCUACAUACAUGUGUACAGAGAGAGAGAGAAGUAUUGUUCCAUAAACUGACUGUGCUGGCCACAAACUCGGCAAAUGAAGACUUUCACCAGCUCCACACAACUGGGUAGCAAUGCUCUAUGUCAGUUUAUUAUGUCUAGCAUAAUAAUGUCAUAAUUGUUUCUGUUGUCUUACCUAGACGAAGUAGAUUAACUUUCCAUAUAAACUAUCUUGAAUCUCUUUGUGAUUUAAAUCGACCGGUGGUAUGACCGUUUUGUUUCAUUAUUGCGGAGGUAAGGAUGAAAGGGAUGGGGUAGGGGUCGAGAGGAGAAGCCAGUGGUGUCACGACUGACCGAAAGUGAAAGCAUGGAACGAGCGAAUGGACGAUGAAAGCAUGGGACGAGCGAAUGGACGAUGAAAGCAUGGGACGAGCGAAUGGACGAUGAAAGCAUGGGACGAGCGAGUGGACGAUGAAAGCAUGGGACGAGCGAAUGGACGAUGAAAGCAUGGGAGGAGCGAAGGGAAAAGCUUGUGCUGACUCACAGGUACCCGACCGUUGACUGAUGCAGACUGUGUUGUUGAGAGAUCAUAUCACAGCUUUUCGCAUCAUUUCAAAAACUGCUAACCGCUCAAGCUUGCCUGUUUAACUGUCCACAAACCAUACUGUGUGUGUGUUUGUGUGUCCGUGUUAGUAUUAUGCAUGAGUGUACGCGCAUCUGCAUAUAUGUAUACGCGCGUGGGUGUGCGUGUGUGCUUUUGUGAGCGAGUGAGAAAUGAAAAAUAUUUUUCUGCUCAUUUCACAUUGGUGUUUAGGGGACCAAAUGAUUAAUCCAUUUUGCCUUAUAGGGCCAAGUGUGUGUGUGUGGGGUGUACACCCGCGUGCAAACUUGGAUUAUUGUGUAAUUCAACAUAUCGUGUGAUUGAAUUAUAGAUUUAUGUGAAUAAAUAAAACUAAAAACAUGAUA